AUGAAUCGCAGUCCACAGCUCACGGCGAGACCGGAUCGCAAGAGGCAGGCGGGGGCUCGAGCCGACACCGAGAGGCAGGCGGGCGCUCGCGCCGACACCGAGAGGCAGGCGGGCGCUCGCGCCGACACCGAGAGGCAGGCGGGCGCUCGCGCCGACACCGAGAGGCAGGCGGGCGCUCGCGCCGACACCGAGAGGCAGGCGGGCGCUCGCGCCGACACCGAGAGGCAGGCGGGCGCUCGCGCCGACACCGAGAGGCAGGCGGGCGCUCGCGCCGACACCGAGAGGCAGGCGGGCGCUCGCGCCGACACCGAGAGGCAGGCGGGCGCUCGCGCCGACACCGAGAGGCAGGCGGGCGCUCGCGCCGACACCGAGAGGCAGGCGGGCGCUCGCGCCGACACCGAGAGGCAGGCGGGCGCUCGCGCCGACACCGAGAGGCAGGCGGGCGCUCGCGCCGACACCGAGAGGGAGGCAGGCAGUCAGUCAGGCAGGCAGGCGGGCGGGCGCUCGCGCCGACACCGAUAG